AUGGCGCAUGCGGCCCCCUCGGCGGAUCCGACCCCGACACGGCCGUCGCUCUCUCCGCUCGCGGUCAAGGACUGGUCCGGCGCUGCGAGGAGCACGACGUUGACGGAAGCGACCGAGCUGCACGGUCGAGGAGCGGCCUACUCGCUGCCGCGACCACGGCGAGCGUUCUCGGACGAGGUGGUCGUCCUUCACUCGUCGGCGGCGGCGGGGCAGUCACUGCGUCGCAAGGACAGCUUUGUCGAGGACUGGCGGGUCUGCGUAUCUCCACCAGUGUACGACCUCGACUCAUGCGUCGAACAACUCGGUCUCUCGCCUCCUUCGCUAGACGAGGCGUCCGAGGCGGUCGUCGAGUCGCUAUUUUCAGGAAACUCUCCGGUCCGCGCGCCUUCCUCGUCUGCUGCAAGUGACGUUCAGCGCAACGCAUCCUUCGGUCAAGUUGAAGCGGCUCACUCGCUCGAGUCGGGAUGGUCCUCCUCGUCCCUCCCUUUCGACGCCAACGACGAGCCUUCCCUGUCCGACGCCGACGAGGUUUUUACCGACUCGUUUGCGUCUGGCGGACUCGAACUCGACUUCAGCGGACGUCGAGGGAGGCGGGCAUCGCGUAUCGAGGACACAGAGAGCAUGAGGCAGUCCAGCGUUGCGAGGACGGCGGCGUCGAGGCGGGUCCUCAGCGUGGGCAAGACGGGUCCCUCCCUCGGCUUGCACACCGAGUCCGCAACGAGUUCUCCGUCGACGCCAACUGCCGGAGAACUUGCACUCGCCCACUCGUCUUCCGCGUCCUCGGCCUCGCUCCAGGCAGUCACGACUCGCUCAAGGUCCGCGACGGUGCUCUCGGACAGUGCGGCGACCUCUCGUCGUCGCUCCAUCGCCUCCGAGUCGCUCGCUCGCCUCGUUUCCGACUCGCCAACUUCGCCCUCCUCGCCUCCGAGGCAGCUGUCCCGACCGCUCAACCGCCGCCGUCACUCUUCCUACACCCGCCUCAGCGACGAAGCAACCGCAACGCCAUACCCCGACUCGUCCGUCUCCCCCUCGCCGUCUCGCAACUCUCCCACCCUCACCUCCUCCCUCUCGCGCUACCUCUCCUCCGGACGCCGUGGCUCACAGCCCACCUCAGUGCAGACCAGCGCAACGGGCUCAGGCACAGCGACUCCAGCCGCACCCGCGAAUGCGAAAGAACGCGACCUUCGCAAGCCGCCUCCGUCUGGAACGCUGCACGCCCUCACAUCAUCUCUCGCUUUCCUUCCUGCCUUUCCCUUUCCGGGACAACAGAAGUCGGUUGACUCGAGCGGUGGCGAAGCGAAGGACGAGCGCGAGAUGCGCAUGGUCCCUUGGUCGUCUAUCCAAGCUCUCUACGUCUGCUUCAAGCCGUCCUCCCCUUCGCUCGCACCCGCCGAUUCCGAUGCCGACGAAGACACCCUCACGUCGGAUAUCGUCAACGCCUGGCUCGUCGGGUUACAAGAGUUGUCGGUCGGCGGAUCGAGAGCAUGGGAUCCGAGGCUCCUGUGUCCCGAACCGCCUUCGCCGCCUUUAUCAGACUCGUCGCUCCAUGACUCUCCGCCCCUCGACGCAAUCUCAUCCGCCUCCACACCCUCGCUCAGCAGCUCCUCCCCCUCUUCGUCGGAAGAUUCGCCUGCGGUCCCUCGCAAACGACGCCGCAAGGACUGGCCCACCGUUACGACGCUCGUUAGUGUUCCUCCGGCAGUUUGGGUCGAGAGGAAGGAUGGUGGAUGGAGGGAGUUUGAUCCGAAGGGGAUGGGGGUCGAGGUGAUCAUGCGCAACGUCCUCCUCGUCCCGCCUUCGACGGCCGUCUGA